CAGCUUUGUGCUCUCCCUGUCCCGUCAGUGUAAUCAGCGUCAGCCGUGUCUCCCAGCUGUUUCCUCUUAGUUCUGUUCACCUCUUGUAUUUAGUGUCUGCGUCUUCUCCUGCUCGUUGUUGCGUCGUACCCUCACUUUCACUGUGUGUUCUGUUUUCCAGCCUGCCUGCCUGUUUCGUUUGUUCCAUAUUCCCAGUUUAGUUAGUUUUUUGUUCAGUUUCUUUCCAGCAAUAAAGCUGAGUAUUUUGAGUUACGUUUGCCUCUGUGAGUCCUGCAUUUUGGGUCCUCUCUUCCUGCCUGCCUGCACACAGUCAUGAUAGAAAGUCCCGGAACUUGUCUCUGAAGAAAGGAAAGAUCAGUGGAAAUGAGGAUAAACUGAGAGAAUACUGUCAUUCUGAAUGCCAAUGAUGAGGACGCAUUUCCUAAUGGGCCUCCUUUUGAUUUUGAGAUCAUCCCAGAAGGCACCAAAGGACAAUGACACUGCAGCUAUUUUGCGGGCUCAGGAGUCCGUGGGGCCUGGUAUCUACACGGUGGAAUUAGUGGUAAAAGAUCAGCAGGGACAUUUCUGUCCAGAACCACAAAAAAUUACGGUUCGAAUUUGCAGCUGUGAGGAUGGAGUCAUGUGUGGAAACACUCAGCCAAUCAAAGGAGCACGAUUAGGAUCUGCAGGGAUUGGGACACUAGUACAGGGACCAUUGCUGGUGCUGCUACUUGGUUCUCUGCUGCUGAUCUCCUGUCACUGUAGACGUGCUGCAAGAGAUUUGCCCACAACAAAUACUGUCAAGGUUAAAAAUCGAGCUGAGGCUCAACAAGAGGUGGAGGAAUUGACGCUGGAAUAAGUCUGCCUGACAACUUUCUUGUACAGUGUUAAACUCAGGUCAGUAAUCUGAAGGUUCUGAGGUGACAGGCAGUAGCUAACCUUGUGAUGCUGAAUUUUUUACAGUUUAGUAUAAAAUUGAAAUCCAGUUUGAGUUUUUAAAGGUAUCUUUAAAAAGAUGACUCUGUUUAUGAUUUUUUUUUUUUAAAAGACUUGUUUCAAUAUGACCAUGCUGACCAUGUUAGUGGAGGCAAGAAAAUCCUUUAUAACAACAAUGAGCUGACUCCUCUUUUUCAGUUUUAGCCCUUGAUUCCUGUUUUGAAUUUUUAGUUAUUAUAUUCAACUUUGUGUUUCUGUUGAGGUUUUUCCUCUUUUUCCAAUGUUUUAAGUUUUGUGUUUAUUGUGUUUUAUUUCUGUAUUUUUUAUUCCUGUUUUGUUCAUGGUUCAUUGUUUCUAGUUAAAAGUUUAUGUUUGAAAAGAGUAGUAGUAGUGACUGUCUUCACCAUGUUUCUGUUUGUGCUUCCAUUUGUCUUGUUUGUGUGUUUGGAUCUUGGUCCUUUUGUGUUUCCUUGUCUUGCACAUCAUGUUAAGUUUUCUGUAAUUGUCUCCUUUGGUUAUUUCCAGUUUUACUUUGAAGGGAUCUGUUUUCUUUCAUGUC